AUGACUGCUUUUUCCUUCAUAUCGCUACUGGUGGCGUUGCGCCUCUUCCUUCUCGUCUCAGGUGCCCCGGCGCCCAUUCCAGAAGCCCAGAACGUAGCUGCGAGCAGCUACUGGCUUUCUUCUAUUGCACGACAAGGUACCAUCGGAUAUGGUACAGCAGGAUACCAGAUCUUCCGCAAUGUCAAGGACUUUGGCGCUCGUGGUGAUGGAUCAACUGAUGAUACCGCUGCGAUCAAUGCCGCUAUUACUCUUGGAAAUCGGUGUGGCCAAGGUUGUGACAGUUCAACAACCACUCCUGCAUUGGUUUACUUCCCUCCCGGAACGUAUAUCAUCAGCAGACCCAUUGUUCAGCUGUACUACACCCAAUUUGUUGGUGAUGCUGUGACUCUUCCAACCAUCAAAGCUGCCGCCAAUUUCCAAGGUAUUGCGUUGAUAGAUUCCGACCCAUACGCGGAUGGUGGUGUCAACUGGUACACGAAUCAAAACAACUUCUUCCGUCAAAUUCGAAACUUCAUCAUUGAUACGACUGCAAUGCCGGUAAAUGUCGGUGCAGGCAUCCAUUGGCAAGUUGCACAAGCGACGAGCCUGCAAAAUAUUGUAUUUAACAUGAGAACUGAUGGCGGUGCCGAGAACCGUCAACAGGGUAUCUUCAUGGACAACGGAUCUGGUGGCUUCAUGACCGAUCUGACCUUCAAUGGCGGCAAGUACGGUGCAUUUUUUGGUAACCAACAAUUUACCACUCGCAACCUAAAGUUCAACAAUUGCCAGACGGCGAUAUUCAUGAACUGGAACUGGGCAUGGACUCUCUCUGGUGUUGAAAUCAACAACUGCGGGAUUGGUAUUGAUAUGGCCAACGGAGGCACUGCUAGUCAGACUGUUGGAUCUAUUUUGCUUGUCGACAGCAAAAUUAGCAAUACUCCUAUUGGCAUCUCCACCGCUUAUUCAACAUCGGAAGGUGCAACUAACGGUACUCUUAUCAUCGACAACGUCGACUUUUCUGCAAAUUGUCCAGUCGCCGUGUCAAAUGCAGGUAACAGGGCUACAGUUCUCGGCGGAAACCAAAAAGUUAGCUUAUGGGGUCAGGGACGCGAAUACCUUAGUCCCAACGCUGGUCAAUCUAACCAAGGGCCGCUGGCCGCUCCCGCCAAACCUGGAGUACUACUUGAUGGUUCUGGUCGCUUUUUUACACGCUCAAGGCCCCAAUACGAGGCAGUGCCAGUAUCUUCAUUCAAGAGUGUCAAGGCUGCCGGUGCUCGAGGUGAUGGUGUUACUGACGACACUCAAGCUAUCCAGAGACUCUUCAAUUCGGUUGGUGCAGGAGAUAUUGUUUACUUCGACCAUGGAGCUUAUGUCGUUACUAACACCGUUCAAGUACCUAGUAACAUCAAAAUUACUGGGGAGAUGUGGCCGCUGAUAAUGGCUGGCGGAAAUGCUUUCAAGGAUCAAGCGAAUCCGAAACCUGUCUUCCGCGUUGGUAACCCUGGUGACACUGGCUCUGUCGAGAUAUCUGAUUUGAUAUUCGAGACUCUUGGACCACAGCCUGGGGCCAUUUUAAUGCAAUGGAACCUCGCUCAGGCGAGCCAAGGUUCCGCUGGUAUGUGGGAUGUUCAUUUCCGCAUUGGAGGCACUGCUGGUACUCAACUACAGUCCAACACAUGCAGCAAGAAUCCCGCAGUAACUGCCCCAGCGAAUCCAGCUUGUAUAGGCGCGUUCCUGCUCCUUCACGUCACUAGCCGAGCUAGUAUCUAUAUUGAGAACAACUGGUUCUGGGUUGCAGAUCACGAACUUGAUCUUGGCGAUCACAAUCAGAUCAAUAUCUACAACGGGCGUGGUGUCCUAAUCGAGUCCUCCCAAGGGCCAGUCUGGCUUUAUGGUACCAGUUCCGAGCACAGCGUUCUAUACAACUACCAGAUUUCCAAUGCGGCCAACGUUUACAUGGCUUUGAUUCAGACGGAGACACCUUAUUUCCAGAGUAACCCUGAUGCAACCACUCCCUUCUCAACCAACUCGGCAUUUACCGACCCCGUCUUUUCUGGCAGUUCAAGCAGCAAAAAGGCAUGGGGUCUUCGAAUCGUGAAUUCCAGAGAUGUGACUAUUCAUGGUGCUGGACUUUACUCCUUUUUCGAAAACUAUUCUCAAGUCUGCCUCGACACUCAGAGUUGUCAGAAUAAUAUGGUCUCUAUUGAGAAUUCCGGGGGGAUCAACCUGUACGGCCUUUCCACCAAAGCUGCAGUGAACAUGGUUACCGUCAACGGUCAAUCCGCGGCUCUCGACCGAGACAACCGUAACAAUUUCUGCGCGACACUUGCGCUCUUCAAGCAGUCGUAA